UCACUCCCUUGUGUCCUAGGAAGAUAAGUCCCUUUUACAUGCCUCAAACCAAAAAGGACACAUCAAUGAAGGAAAACAAAGGUCUUAGAUUAUUGCUUAUCCCUUUACCACUACAAGGACACAUAAAUCCAAUGCUUCAACUUGCACAAAUCCUUCACUCAAAUGGUUUUUCCAUAACCAUCAUUCACACAAGUUUCAACUCUCUUAACCCUUCAAAUUAUCCUCACUUCAAUUUCUAUUGUAUACAAGAUGGUAUGUCACAAAAUGAAUAUUCCUCUAGUCUAUUGAAUUUUGUAAUUGAACUUAACACUAGAUGUGUGGACCCUUUCAAGGAGUGCUUAGGAAAAUUAAUGUGUGAUGUAUCUAAGGAACCUAUUGCUUGCUUAAUAUCAGAUGUUAUGUGUUAUUUCACUCAAGAUGUUGCUACUAACUUUCAGCUUCCAAGGAUUGUAUUGAGAACUGGUGGUGUAUGUUCCUUUGUUGCAUUUGCUGCAUUUCCAUUUUUAAUAGAAAAAGGGUAUUUACCUAUACAAGAAUCUAAAUUGGAGGAGGAAGUGACAGAGCUACCACCACUAAGAGUGAAAGACUUACCUAUGAUCAACACAAAGGAACCAGAGAAAUAUUACGAAUUAAUAUGCAAUUUUGUCAACAAAACCAAAGCUUCAUUAGGAGUGAUUUGGAACACAUUUGAAGACUUGGAAUCAUCAUCACUUUCAACACUAAGCCAACAAUUUUCAAUACCAAUGUUCCCAAUAGGCCCUUUUCACAAGCAUUUCCCUAUCAACAAUGCCUCUUCUUCAAGCAGCUUAAUAUCACAAGACCAAAAUUGUAUUUCAUGGUUAAACAAUCACAAACCAAAAUCUGUGGUCUAUGUGAGUUUUGGUAGUGUGGCUUCAAUAACCGCCAAAGAGUUUUUGGAGAUAGCUUGGGGUUUAGUCAACAGUAAUUAUCCAUUUUUGUGGGUAGUUCGACCGGGACUAAUCCUCGGCCAUGAGUGGAUCGAGCUGUUGCCGAAUGGAUUCAUUGAGAAUUUAGAAGGUAGAGGCUAUAUAGUAAAAUGGGCACCACAACUAGAAAUUCUAGCUCAUCAAGCUAUUGGUUCAUUUUGGACACAUAAUGGUUGGAAUUCAACUUUGGAGAGUAUUUGUGAAGGGGUUCCUAUGAUAUGUAUGCCUUGUUUCACUGACCAAAAGGUGAAUGCUAGGUAUGUGAGUCAUGUUUGGAGGAUUGGAUUGCAAUUAGAGAAUGGAAUGGAGAGAGGGAAAAUAGAGAGGACUAUUAGAAAAUUGAUGGAAGAUAAUAUUGAAGGGAAUGAGAUUAGAGAUAGAGCUUUGGAAUUUAAGGAAGAGGCUAAGGUUUGUUUGGAACAAGGUGGUUCUUCUUGCUCUUCUUUGGAAAAAUUGGUUGCUCACAUUUUGUCAUUAAAGACAUUUACUUUUGAAGCUUCAUAGUUUGCGGGAGGAGAUUUUUUCAGCUGGAAAAUCUGUCAAGUUUAAUCUCAAUCACAUGCUUUUAUUUAUUUUUUUUGUAGUAAAUAGAUGUGUUAAUAAUAUACAUUUGAACUCUUUCUAGUAGAAUUUUCACCGGAGAGGAUUUUUAUGUUUUUUUUUUAAUAUUCUUCGUUGUUAUUUCAGUUUUUUUUAAUUGGAUUUUAAUUAAAAUUCAAUCUCCUCUAAAAAUUAUA